CAUCGAUAUACGUCCACCAGGUCCGCCGCACCCUCAGAUCCAUCCUCUAACAAAAUGACUGUAUUCUCAGACGACCCUAGUUGGCGGCUGUGGAUCACUUCGUGGCGCAUUUCUAGCUAUUUUGUAGUUGCCGCCUCUGUUGGAGUGACGUAUGAUUGGGCACUUACAUUUGGACAAGAGGUCGAACUGGUCUGGAGGCAACGUUGGUCCCUGAUGACCAUUCUGUAUCUGAGUGCGCGCUAUCUGGGAAUAUUAUUUGCUGUUCAAUGUUCCGACAAUCUUGUUGACAGACGCAGUGAGUCUUCUGCACUUCUAUCACCCCUGCCACUAACUGCGGCGCCCUGUAGAGUGAUUCCCCCUAGAUGCUGGAUUCUGUAUAUCGCAGUGAAUUGGAUGUAUGUUGUGAUAUUCGCAAUGUUGCGGAUCAUCGUGAUCACUCGGUUACAUGCCAUGUAUCAACAAUCCAGAAAGAUGCUGAUACUUCUCGUUGUCAUCUUCCUGGCUGAUACCAUUUUCAACGUAGUGGUCUCCGUAAUGUCAAUGAGGCAUACUUCGGGAGAGGAAUACAUUCUCUCUGGCACUCAUGAUGCGUGGGAGGUCCUCGUACUAUUUCUCGCAGGCUGGAUUGCUAUAAAACACUUCCGUGAGCUGCGACAGCAUUCGAAAGGAGGGGUCAUCGAGGAUUGUUUCAUGGUAUUGAUAAAAUCUCACAUAUUUUACUUUUUGAGCUUUGUUGCCGUCUCUAUUUUCAACCUCAUGAUUUUAUCUCCAGCGAUCUCAGUGAACCCAAAUACCCUCGGACUUGAUUACUAUUAUGGCACACUUCAAAUUUUGACAGUCGUGCAGAUGUUUGUGCUGGGACCACGCCUGAUCCUUGGCAUUCGGGACUAUACCGCUAAGCUUGUGACUGACUCCGAUGCAGCAACCAACGUGACCUCGAUCGCUUUUCAGGAGCGCGUGCAUAUAUCGACUGGCAGUGGUGUGUAG